CCCCUUGAACUUGUACCCUCGACUCCACCGGCAGCUCAGAUCCCAGGUGACUUGCAACUCGGAGAAUAAUCAUCCUCAAAACAAAACCAGCAGACAAAAACAAGAAAGAGAAAACAUGCCAGCUUUCAGCCUCCGCGAUCUGCGCCCACUCGCGCCUUUUGCGCACCUGCUAUCACCCCGCGAGUACGCGGUAGCCAAGGCGACGUACUCGCAAAACGGCCCCAGCUACAGCAACACGGGCCCGAACCAGCCCGUCGCCAUUGCAGUAUCAGCGGUCGUUGGCGGCAUGGGACUAAUUGCGAUCCUGUGGGUUGUCAUCAUACGGAUCCGUGAUAGGAGGAUGAAGGAAGCCGAGGCCGAGGCCGAGGCCAAGAUGAGCGCGGUCGCUCGCUCGGCUGCGACGUCGGUUUCUGGGCAUGAUACUCCAAAGGGAGGAGGGGAAUGAGGUGAUUAUUAACUUGAGAGCAGUAGAAAUUUCGCUUCGGUUAUGGUAUUCCAAGCGGCUGUACUAGCCGAGGUUGACCAUUGGAGUGCUGAAGAUGAUUCAGAU